AUGUCGACAAAUAAUAAUGAAGAGUUAUUAGCUGUAGCACUUUCAACAAUAUUAGGGAAAGAAAUUCUAUCUGAAUCAAAUGUACCACAACAAUCACAACAACAUAUAAGCAAAGUUUCAUUAUUUGAUCAACAUUUAACAUCAUUAGUCUAUGGAAAAGUUGGAAUAGAUGAUAACACUAAUGAUAAUUUAUUUAUAACAUUACAUAUUACAAUUUUAUCAAAUCAAAAAACGUUUCAAUGUCAAAUUGAACGUAGUGCAAGUGUUACUAAACUAAAACAAAUUGUCUAUGAAAAUGAAGGCAUAACAUGUGAUAAACAAAAUUUAAUUUAUUGUGGACAAGAAAUUGAUGAAGGUCAUUUAUUAAGUGAAUAUGAUAUUCAAGAUUCCGGUGAAAUAUAUGUUGUACGUUUAAGAGCGAUGAAUUCAAAUGAUAUUUUAGUAUUAGAUGACAAUUCACGGGAUAAACAUUAUGAUUAUGAUUUUACUAAUGUUGAUGAUAAAGGAAAACGUUUUACUCGUGGUGGUACUGAAUAUCGUCGACCAUGUGGAUCGAUACGUUUUGCAAUAAAAGUUGCUGGAAAAUUUGAAAAUGAAAAAUGGCUUGGAUCAAAUGAUGGACCUGAUGAAUGGCCAGUGUCAUAUCAUGGAACAAGACAUGAUGCAGCAAAAUCUAUUGCACAAACUGGUUUUGAUCUAACAAAACACAAACGUUUUCUUUUUGGACGCGGUGUUUAUUCAACGCCUGAUAUUAAUACAGCAAAAAUGUAUGCUCCUACUUUUACUUUUAAUGGAGAACAAUAUUGUAUAGUGUUUCAGAAUCGAGUCAAUCCAAAGACUUUAAUAAAAAUUGAUGGUAGUAAAACUAAACACGGAGAUUAUUGGAUAUCACCUAGUGCUGAUGAUAUUAGACCAUACGGAUAUUGUAUAAUGAAGAAAAAAUAA